AUGAAUCCAAUGCGUGAUCAAUCAGGCAGCCCUUAUGGAGAUUCAACUCCUCGUAGUCCAUUUUCUCCCUUCUCUGGAGAUGAAAGGCAUAGAAACCAUGCAGAUUCCAAAAGAGAUACAACUCCUCGUAGUCCUUUCUCUCCCUAUUCUCCAUUAUCUGGAGAUGAGAGGCACAAAACCCUCGCAGAGUCCAAAUUCCAGCAAGCCCUCCCCUGUUCUGAUCCAUCAUCCCCUGGAUCAAUGCAUCAUGGUGGACACAAGUUUCAUGAGGUUUUUCAGAUGAAACAAGGACGUUAUGAUCUUCAAGCUUCAAAGAUUUCUGAAAUGAUGAAAUCAAAUAGCUUAGAUAAUGCACCAACACAGUCACUUCUAAGCGUGGUGAAUGGAAUCUUAGAUGAAAGUAUUGAAAGAAAGAACGGUGAAAUCCCUCAGAGAGUGGCGUGCCUGUUGAGAAAAGUUGUGCAAGAGAUUGAGAGACGUAUAUCAACUCAAGCUGAGCAUCUAAGAACGCAAAACAAUAUGUUCAAAACUCGAGAGGAGAAGUACCAGUCAAGGAUCAACGUCCUUGAAGCCUUAGCAUCAGGAAGUGGUCAAGAAAGUGAGAUUGCUACACAACAGCUUAGAAAAAUUAAGACAGAGAAGUCAACCUGGGAAGAAAAGAAGAAACACGGAGAAGAGGAUAUGCUUAAGCUACUCAAAGAAAAUUGUCAAUACGACCUAGAAAUCUCUGCUUUGAGGCAAGAGCUUGAGACAACUAAAAGAGAAUAUAAACAAAGAAGCACGCAAAUGGAAAACAAAACCAUGACAGAAAAGACAAAGUGGGAAGAACAGUGGAAGAACGAAGAGGAGGAUAUGGCCAAGCUAUCAAAAGAAAACGAUCAGUUCAACCUUGAAGUUUCAGCGUUAAGGAAAGAACUGGAGAAAACUAAGAAAGCAUAUGAGCAGCAAUGCUCUCAAAUGCAAAGCCAAACGAUGUUGGCCACAACAGGACUUGAGAACAGGCUGAAGGAACUUGAGCAAGAGAGAAAAGAGGCAAACACUGUGAAAACUUCCCUUGAGGAAAGAGUAAUCGAGCUCGAGAAGAUGGGAAAAGAUGCACAUACUGCUAAAGAAGCUCUUGAGGAGAAGAUAAAAGAGCUUCAAGAAAUGGAGAAAGAAACAAAAACUGUUAAUACAAGUCUUGAAGGAAAGAUUCAAGAGCUUGAAGAGAACCUUGUCAACUGGAAGAAUAAAGUCAAAGAAAUGGAGGAAAUAUCUGAGUCUAAACAACAAAGUUGGAGUCAGAAAGAAGUUUCCUACAAAAACUUCAUUAAUUACCAGUCUCAGACACUAGAGGAGCUGAGGUUCUAUUCAAGUUCAAUCAAGCAAGAAAUUCUGAAGGUUCAAGAGAACUAUACAGAACAAUUCAGCCAAUUAGGAAAUAAACUGAUUGAACUUAGCAAUGCUGCUGAAAACUAUCACGCAGUACUAACCGAAAACCGGAAGCUUUUCAACGAGCUUCAAGAGCUUAAAGGAAACAUCAGAGUGUUUUGCCGGGUGAGGCCUUUCCUUCCUGGACAAGGUGCACCAAACACUGUGGUCGAGUACGUUGGUGAGGAUGGAGAAUUGGUAGUCACCAAUCCCACUAGACCCGGGAAAGACGGUCUUCGAAAGUUUAGGUUCAAUAAAGUUUAUAGUCCAGCUGCUACUCAAGCUGAGGUCUUUACAGAUAUAAAACCACUGGUUCGGUCAGUGCUUGAUGGUUUCAAUGUUUGUAUAUUCGCAUAUGGUCAGACAGGAUCAGGGAAAACUUAUACAAUGACUGGUCCAGACGGAGCAAGUGAAGAGGACUGGGGAGUUAACUAUCGUGCACUCAAUGAUCUCUUUAAAAUAUCUCAAUCCAGAAAGGGAAACAUAAACUAUGAAGUUGGUGUGCAAAUGGUUGAGAUAUACAAUGAACAAGUGCUAGAUUUGUUGUCUGAUGACAGGAUCCUGUCUACAACUUCACAAAAUGGUUUGGCUGUGCCUGAUGCAAGCAUGUAUCCUGUGAAAUCAACCUCAGAUGUGAUUACACUGAUGGACAUUGGACUAAAGAAUCGUUCCGUUGGUGCUACUGCCAUGAAUGAACGAAGUAGUCGCUCUCACAGCAUUGUAACUGUUCACGUUCGUGGUAAAGAUACGAAGACCGGUUCUGUGCUAUAUGGAAAUCUUCACUUGGUUGAUCUGGCUGGAAGUGAGAGAGUAGAUCGGUCUGAAGUUAAAGGAGACAGACUUAGAGAAGCACAACAUAUAAACAAAUCGCUCUCAUCUCUUGGAGAUGUGAUAUUCUCUCUAGCUUCAAAGAGUUCUCAUAUACCUUACAGAAACAGCAAGCUAACACAACUAUUACAAAGCUCUCUUGGAGGACAAGCAAAGACCCUAAUGUUUGUGCAACUCAAUCCUGAUGCUAUUUCAUAUUCAGAGUCUAUGAGUACCUUAAAAUUCGCCGAACGAGUCUCUGGAGUUGAACUUGGUGCUGCAAAGAGCAGUAAAGAUGGUAAAGAUGUUCGCGACUUAAUGGAACAGUUAGCGUCGCUUAAGGACACAAUAGCAAGGAAAGAUGAAGAGAUAGAGAGGCUUCAGUUGGUAAAGGAGAUUCAUCAUCCUAUUAGACCUCAGAAACAAAUGGUGAGGAUAAAGAGCUUAGGACAAACCGAUGACAUAAGCUCAGAAAAUGGAGAAUAUUCAUCACAGUCAAGACAAGUCAUUACUGACGGAGAGAGUUUAGCAUCCUCCGCCGAAGCAGAGUAUGAGGAGAGGUUCAGCGAAGGUACGUCUGAUGUUGCCUCUAACGGAACUCAAGGUUCCCCUGAUGUUGCUAAAAGACGACUUAAACUCUCAGACAGAGCGAAGUCAACUCCUCCAAGGUCCUCGGCUGUAACACGACCACUCGAUAAGCUUAGGAAAGUAGCUACAAGAACAACAUCGACAGUUUCUAAGGUUGCAUCGGGGUUGACGUCAUCAAGCAGCAAGAAGACAAGUAACGCUUCUAGUUUGUCAAAGUCUUCUAAACGGUGGGCGUAA